AUGGGACCUGUUGUUGGAGGAGCAUUGGCCGAAGCAAAUUGGCGGUGGAUCUUCUAUUUGAAUAUUCCUAUAUGCAGCGUUGCGCUCGUCGCAAUACUGCUAUUCAUGCGACUGCAGAAGCAUACCGAGAAGCAGGAGAUUGAUGUUCUGGGCAACCUCAUAUUCAUACCGAGCGUUCUGGCGGUGUUACUGGGCCUGGUUAUGGGCGGUAUUGAAUAUCCCUGGUCUUCGUGGCGUGUCAUACUCCCUUUGGUACUGGGUGGCAUAGGCUGGAUCGCUUUCCACAUACAGCAGCACUUUGCAACCUACCCCAGUGUGCCGGAGCGACUCUUCAGCAAUCGAACCUCAGCAACCGCCUUUGCGCUGACGUUCCUGUCAUCAAUCCUCGUACAGGCGUCCGGUUACUUCUUGCCAGUAUUUUUCCAAGCCGUACUCGGAACAACAGUUGUGCGUUCUGGCGUCAACUUCCUUCCACUGGCGUUCGGAAUGCUCGUUUUUGCUGUCAUUGCAGGCGUGCUGAUGGAGAAGCUCAACCAGUACAAAAUGCUGCAUGCUGCAUCUUUUGCAACGGCCGCCAUUGGAUUUGGUCUGCUAACGCUCUUGGAUGAGAGCACAGUGAGGUGGGCAAUUUUCCAGCUCAUUGUCGGCGCCGGUCUAGGCAUGUCUCUAUCGACGCUACUCCCGGCUAUCAUGGCCGGUUUGCCUGAGACGGACGUCGCUUCCUCGACAGCAACAUACAGUUUCGUGCGGACAUUUGGUUACGUUUGGGGGGUUACCAUCGCUGCUACUAUAUUCAACCGCGUUUUCGACCAAAAUCUGGCACUGAUAUCGUCACCAACGUUACGAGAGCAGUUAUCUGGUGGGCAAGCGUAUGGCUUUGCGAGCCAGGCGCGCGUCGUGCGGGGAACUAUCGCACCUAACAUCUGGGUCGAGGUGAUCGAAGUAUAUCGGCGCAGUCUUCGCACGAUAUGGUGGCUGGGCAUGGGUAUUAGCAUCGUGUGUUUCUGCUUGGUUUGGGUUGAAAGAAGCAUUCCCCUGAGAAAGGAGCUAGACACUCAAUAUGGACUUGACGCUAAGACGCACGAUGAUCCACAAGAGGGCGAAAAAAGCAAUAACCUAACAGCAUAA